UGAAGAUCAAGAUCCUUAAAAGAUGAAGAUCCACAAAUAUGAGCGAAUCGAUCGAAUCGGCGAGAAGAUCUUCGUUCUGUUGCUUAGACGAUGAUCGCGUUGAAAGACACCUCAAGAACAGGCAAAUGAAUGAAUGAGUGAUCGAGACUAGUCUCUGUUGGAAGAUUUGAGUUGAAGAAUCGGUUGUGGGAAGUUCCUUUCGUGCCAACUAGAUCGCAAGAACUGAGACCCUAGAUCGAUAAUCCCAAGAUCUAUAAUGAAAGAAUGUCCACCCUCGUAGAAAAUCCCUAGAUUUUUUACUAAAGACGAGAGUGAGUGUCGUGACUUUUACUAUGGAGUGGUGUACUUUUACUCCUAAGUAGCUCGUCCAAAAAGAAGUCGUUUUUCGAAUCUCUUCCAUCGUUCGUUACUUCAUUUUGAGGUUUUCAGGGUGUCAUCGUAUAGUCUCGGGGUUGGGAUGCUAGCCAGUGAGAGACUCAAUGGAGUGGACUUUAAAACAAGGUGGAUAACUUAUUUGACUUUCUUAGAAACGAAACAGACACUCGUUCAUAUAAUUCUUUGCAUUUUCACAUUCGCGUUCUAGUUUGAUGAAUUUUGUUGUAAAAUAUCGAGACGUAAUAUUAACUUUCAUUCUAUCUUGUUUGACGAAGAAGAAAAAUAACUCCCAUUUCUUCCUCAACAUCUUAGCUACAUCAAAAUCCUUCCAAAUCUAAUCAAAAAGGUUAGAAAAGAGAGGAGACUUGCUCCUCUAUUGUUCGAGACCACCACGACUCCCAUUUUGAGUUCCCGCUAUUCACUAGAGAAUAGAUUGAUUCGUGGGAAAAGAUUGACUCCUACAACUUAUCCAUCAUCCUACGACCUAGACCUACUAUUGACUCUUUUCUACACCUGUUGUUCACGACGAGGACCCAGUACACAAAACCAUAACAAGGAAUAGCUUGAAGAAAACAACAACAACAGCAAGAACCACAACUAAGUCUCACUUUCACAACUCAACUCCUUGUUCUUGUUCACUACAUUAUAUCGUCCUAUCUUAUCCGACACACAACAGCAGAACGGAACAAAACAAGAUGGGUGACUUUCCGGAUGUGGGGCUGAUGUUCUUCGCGAACCUGUUCAGUGCGAUUGCGUCAUGCCACUUGAGUCUCUGUCAUUACAUGUACUUCACGGCUUGGGCCUACAUCGCAUCUGGAAAUGCUCCAGCGAUCCCUCCGGACGCAACCGACAAAGGAAACGAGAAAAUGGCCGUGUGGUAUCCUGCCUCCAUCAACACACAGUGGCUUAUCAUUUAUGAAAGAAGAACACGAAGUUGCUGUAAAAAUCCUUGUACAUGAUCAAAAUGAUCCAAAUCUUAUAGUAGUGUAGACCACGUCUUUUAGACUUCUGAAGUGGGUACCUCUACCUUCAUUCAUUGUGACUCAACGUAGAUACAACAACGAAAGACCACAGUUAUUUAUUUCAACAACUAGUAGCAUCUACUUAUUAAUAUACUUUUGACGCUCUUCCUCCUCCUCCUUCAUUUUGGGACAUGCGAGUGGUUUGCCUGCUUCGUUUGCCUUCUGAUAUGGUCGCACAAGUGGGGCGACGGGUUGGGCAAGGCCGGAAACUGGAUCAAGAUGCUUGCAACGGUCUGCUUCUUUGUUGAGGACGCCUUCUUCUAUGUCGGAGCAGUCGACGCAAACUGGUUUGGGCAACCGGGUAUUACCGACGGCUGUUUGUUUGCGCUAUUUAAGGCUCAAAUAAUGGAAAAUAUACCUACAACCCAAACACUUCCCCUUCCCCCCUUGUGCAAACUUCAGACGUACCCCUGGAUUGGGUUUACUACUACUACUAAUACCACUACUAUGAUGAGAAUUCGUCGUGGUCUAUUGUUUUAGAGUCAAGACAGAGAGAGUGGCUGCAUCCUCUUCACAGAGAGAGAGUAGCAUUGAUGUCCUGUGAAUUUGACAAAUUUUUUGCUCAAGCUGAAGUAAACGAGCUGAAGUAAAGAGAUGUCUAGCUGAAGUAAAGAGCUGUCUUCCUAACUAGAUAGUUUUUUUGUAAUUAAACUAAUAGUCGUGCGUUCCUGCAUGGAUAUCUCAUGAUAUAUCUCUUCAUCAGAAGUAUUUACGUCUCGUCAAAUCCUGUGUGCUGACUGGGUAUCUCGUCAAAUCAUAAGGACUUACUACAUCUUCAUAUCUUCAAGAGUACUUACAUACAUCAUCUCCUUACUUCUACAUCUUCAUAAAUACUUACUACAUGUGGUGUUGUUCCCCUUCCCCCGCUAACUAAUGCGGCAUUACCUUGUUUUGGAUUGGAGGAGUUGUUCACACGAUCGGAUUUGUGAAGCUAUUCGGCUGGAAAAAUUUGACCACGUUGGGUAUCUUCCUCCUCAUGCUUGGAGCUUUCAUUUUGUUAUGGGACAAAACACUGCAUCUUCCUCUGAUCUUUCUUUUUUCUAGUUAGGUCGGCUCAGUAGUAAUUACCAUGCUAGGUCUGUAGUGUUGGUUUUUGCUCUUUCCGGCUUAGUACGUUACUGUAUGCUCAAUGGAUUCAUUUCCUCUGGGCCUGGUCUCAAAACUGAUUUGGUAGAUCACAUUGGAGACAUAUGACAUGACAUGACCACAAAUUAUAUUGUCUUCUAGUAGGACUAUCAGAACUUAUCUCUACGAUCCUAGGCUUGUCCCUGCAAUCAAUAUGGACUGCUCCUAGUCCUCCAGCGACGCAGCUUAUAAAGAACUUAAAGUAGAAAAGUUAGGUUCUAAUCAUCAUGAUUUUUUUCCACCUCUUGGCGCACUUCCCGUCGACGGCGAUGUGGCAAGACUUCCCGGACACUGUGCGAAUGUUCACUUGUUUGGUUAAGGCUCAUCUUCAAGUACUAGUUGUAGUUCCUUUGUACAUAGAAGUUUAGUUCUUCGUUCAGGGAGAAACUGCUUUCUCCCUGUUGUCAAAAACUCAGCAGUUUCUCCCUGAAAAGAAGAACUAAACCUUCUUUAGGAUCAUUCUACUACUACGCAUUCGAAGCGGGGGCUCACACUAGAGUAGAAGAAUGAAUCUAAAGUAGAAGAAUGAAUCUAAAUGAAGAUUCAGUCUAAAUGUGGAGAGAAAUGCAGGCUUGUCUAGGAAAAAUGAAUUAUCCGCCUAGAGCUGUUCUAAUCUGAGUGACGGUCUUUUGUUCACCGGAUCCGUGGUGCUGCUAACGCCCAUGAUCGAAAUCCUCUUCAACAAGCCAGAGGAUGAGUCUGAAGGUAUACAUAGUAGCAACCUGGAUUAAGAAUACAUAUUUCAUCUCACUCACACUCUAGUAUCCAUGAGAUUCUUGUUUCUCAUUACGACAAAAGUACACCAAUCGAUCCACUUCAUUCUUUCCUUAUCCUUUCGCUUUCCUAGCUAGCAGAAGCUGGUACCGCACACUUUUUUGACACAUGAUUUUCCCAUCUAUCCGACCUAUCCCACGUCCACCCACGUCGUCCACCAGGCGCAAUCCGCAAGAGUUUGACCGCUGGUGCGGAUGAUGCGCUACUAGCAGGGUACGGGGCCACCUCUAUUGUUAAGGGUGCAAGAAAUCUCCCAUUUUCAGACUGUCACCUUGGUCCUCCCGUUUUUUUUGAAGGGACGAAAAGGAGACCCAAGAUGCUGCUCAAGAUGGAUAAUUUCUCUUAGUUCUUCUAAUAUUGAUGCCAAACCUCUGGCCGAUCACCCUCUGAACAGCGAGCAUGCGGCACUCGUGAUCGUCGACUUCCAGAAAGACUUCAUGGAGGGUGGCGCUUUGGCCGUCCCCGGAGCCGAUCAUGUGCAGUACAAGGGUGCCAUGGAAAACUUCAUAAAAUUCUGCCGAUCCGAAUUCAAGUGUCAUUAAGGCUUUUCUUGCUCCUCUGAAUUCAGUGAAGAUGGACGAAGAAGUGUUGAUUUAGAUUUACUAGUGUUCUUGAUAGAAAUAGCGUUUGCACAUUGAUGACAUUUUGAAUCAACAUUUGUUUUGCCUUAACGUGUUACUUACUACUACUACUUACUACUUACUACUUACUACUUACUACUUACUACUUACUACUUAGAGAACCUAUUCAUUUUGCCGAACACUACUACUACUACUUACUAAGAAAAAGAUAGGACCACGUAGAGUAAACUUGCACGAACUCGCUCCGCUAAUCCUCAAUCGUUUGGUCCCAAGACUCGCAUUGUCCUGGGCAUUCCAGUUUUAUCACCAGCUAUGACGAGGCAACGAUCAAGGAAAAGGGUAUGGCGGUCUUCCAACCUUGCAAACUCACCAGAAAGAACGAAGCUGGAGAAGACGAAGAAUAUGAACAGGUAUACUUAAGAUGAACUUGUAGUUUGGUGAUUUUUUUCCACAAUACAUGCUCAUAGCGAGUAGGUGCUUCUCUGAUGUUUUUUCUUUCUCAUACUUUCUCAAGAAGACUUUCCUCUUUAAGUGUGGGCGCCUAAGCCACAUCGCUAUUUCCUAAACCACAUCAACUCCUUCUCGACCAACAGGGCUACCUUUCUAUCAACCUUCAAAUCAACUUCUUCCCACAUCAACUCUUUAUCACGUCAACUCCUUUCAGACCAUCUGGCCAGAGCACUGCGUAGCUGAUACCCCGGGAUGGAUGUGCGUGAUGUCCCCACUCACUGCCGAAUAUAUCCAACGCAAGGGUGAACGCAAAGAAUUCGAUUCUUACUCUGCAUUCAAGGUAAUUUUUGAUUUCGAUAAAGACAAAUAAGGGUACAUACUUUUUGAUCUUGACUCUCUAACGCCCUAUCUAAUAAGGAAACUCAGUCUUGCUUUUCUAUUCAAAGGAUGAGGAUCUUCGAUAAGAAAACAGCAUUCCCUCGUCUAAUAGGAUCUUCGAUAAGAAUACUUUUUCCUCGUCUUAAAGGCUAUUCUCAAGCACUAAUUGAUUGUUCUCUAACAGUUAUAGUACUCUUCAUCCACUUGUUUCACAGGAUGACGGUGGCAAGAGAACCGGCUUGGGCGACUAUUUGAAGAAUAAAGAUAUCAACACGGUCGUGUGCGUCGGCUUGGCGACAGAUUACUUUAUGACGAACACUUUCUUAGAUAAGUACGUGUUUCAGUUUCACUUGCAGUUGAUUUGAAGAUUGUUCACUCAGUCAGGGACAGGGACAGUCCCAUCCGGAUUCGAUUUUGUCCUCUAGGUGGGGUUCUACACUUUCAGUCAGUACGUAGUAGUAGCCCCGAGCACUCCCUAGCACUUUUGUUAUCUAUCGUGGAUUUUGAUUUGAAAAGAAAGUACGUACGAACUCUCCUAUUGCAGAUUCCUUUUAAAAAGUUUUUGCAACUUCUCACUACACUCUAAUUCCCGCGUGAAAUUCACCUGCCUGGACUCUGUGGGCGAAGGAUUCAAGACCUUCGCGAUCCCGAGUUUGUGCCGUGGCAUCGCCCCCAACUUCGACUGGGCUAACUACACUGAUGGAGGCGUCGAGCUCACCAACGAUCCGUCUGUGACGCCGCAGACUGCAUAGACUGGAGGAAUCGUGUUGGAGUAAAGAAAAGUGAGUACUAGCUUUACACACAGGAGUUUAAGAGCAUAGAAGAACGACUGUUGGAGUUGCUGGAAAGAGAACACAACUUUAUUUUGACAUCUACUUUACACACAGGAGCUGACUCAUUCGAGGAACGAUUGUUGGAGUUGUAAAGGAAAAGGAGGUUCUUGUAAGGAAACGGAGCAGGCUCUUGUAACAAACAGCUUGAUCAUCCGUGUGUAAGUGGCUGUUUGUAGUAUCAAUAAGGAGGAAAAGACUUCGAGUAUAUAAUGAGUUGCACAUGGUCCUCGUGUAAAGGUGAACAACAGAAAGUAAGGGGAAGUAACAUCGUGACGAAACACUACGACGAAACACUACUAAGACAGGAGUCUGCGGCCCUGAACGACUUUGUGCGAGAUUUAUUGUCUUGCAUUGUAUUGCAUUGUUGUAGGUAGAAGAAGCAGUUGAAUAUAUUGCAUGAUCGAAGAGUCAGUAGGCGAAGAUCAGUAGACGCGAUGACCUACUGAUCUUCGAUCAUCUACUGAUCUUCGAUGAUUUACCUAACGAUGACCAUCAGUAGUAUUUAGUUGUGCACCUAAGCCUCACUGUAGUGGUCAGUGGCCUUCUACCACCUGACUGUACUACCUCCUAAUAUCGUCAGUAGUCUUCUAGUUGCCACCAAAACUAUCAUCAGUAUAGUGGUCAGUCGUCUUCUACCUGAUCAUCAGUAGGUGCGAUGACCAGGUGGAAGUUCUAGAAGAAUUAUAGUCCGCUAGAGAUUUGUACUUGUACUUGCUAGAAGAAGAGAUGGAAGAAGUGUUAUUACUUUUAGGUCACUGCUUACGAGGAGAUGGAAAGAGUAUUGCACAGUGCUUUUUACGAGUAUUAACAUAGUUUUUAGGUCUAUAAUUCAGAGCGGGGAUCGUGGAGAAUUAUGGUGGAGUUGUAAUGUCAUCGAACAUUCAUGUAAAAAAAGAGUACGCAUAGCGAUCUUUAUUUUCAUGAGCAUCUCACCAAGUGCAUAAAGUCUAAGAGAUGGGCAUAAUAUUUUUGCAUAAGAGUAGAACAGGCAUACGUAUAUAGACGUGCAUGAACAGAUUACAACAUUUAUAUUCUGCCACAACACAACACAGCAUGAGAGCCACAUCACCCUACAUCUAUUACACCUACUACAUGAGAUCAUGAGAGAAUUCAUAUAAUAAUAAUUGUUCCUCCAACUUCAAAAUAAAGUUUAGAUCAUCAUUAACAACAUUCCCCAACACGACAUGAUAAAACUUUAGUGGUAUAGAAGUUAGACUGAGUUUCAUAACGUAUUACUGUGCGACACCUUAACACAGGAUAAAAAUAGCAUGGACGUCAUGAGAGCAUCGACACCCCCUGACCCAUUGACUCAGAUAUUCAAAGAAAGGACAUAGCUAUCAUCGGGCUAUUAUCUUAUGGAGGUACUACAAUCACGACAUCAAACGGGAUUCAAUAGAAUCACACCACCAUGAACAGGAAGUUCAUGCGAACUUCAACAGCAUAGAAUUACGACGAGGAUUUAUUCUUAGGUGGAAAAUCCUUAUCGCAUUUCCUUUCUGACUAAAUAUGUAUUCUACUUGGAUAUUGACUCAAUUUAAUUAUAGUAGUAAGUUACUACAAACUCAAACUUUUUGUUUACCCGACGACGACAUGGAGACUACUUGUUCUUCUUGGGUUCGUUCUUUGGGUAACGUGCACAUAAAAACCGCUACCGCCACCCAUCAUAGUUUCGUCGUGUAACAAGGAGCCUAAAGGUGCAUUCAAGUAACUACUACACUUCUUGUGAUACAGAAGACCAGAUAAUUGAAAAUCUAAAUUCCGUAGAGAUUAUCGUACAUAUUUUGUCAUGGAUUCGUUUGUUCCCAAAUUUACUUUGAAAAUAUUCAUCUAAUCUUGGAAAACUGGAAAUUCAAGGCCAUUCUCAGUACACUGUUUUAGAAGAGAGGAGAUAUCUCUUAUCCUCUUCGAGAAGGAGGAGAAGGAAAAGGUCUGAUACUUUCAGAUGAUUCAGAUGAAAGCUACUCGUACAACUACAAUGUCCCCCUGAAGCCGAGACCUCUUGCAACGACCACACGAAGAUACUGCUUUUAGCUUAUGACUAAUAGAGAUUUCAUGUAUCCUCUCUCUUUUCAGUCGCUGGCAGGAUUAUUCAGAAGUGAGAAGCUGGACCAUGAUUACGAUGAGUAGUUGACACUACUCGCGAAACUUGUUCUUGUCCUCCUUCUUGCUGUGCCAAAUAUUUCUAGAGUAGGUUUAGAAAUCUAUGUAAAUAGCUACUAGCUAGUAACUGGCCAAGUCAUCUAGGUUCGCCUCCGAGGAUUAUUUUCGGUCUCAGAGACUUGCAUUCUUGUGUGACCGUCCAAAGGGAAGGUAGCACGCCAACACAUAAAGGUAGGACGCCAACACAUAGAUCAUAAGGGUAGAAGGACCGACGCCUGUGAAAAUGAAGAUUGACUAUAAGAUGGUGGACACAUCUUCAACCUUCUCGUGCUGUGCUCCUUAUGUUCACGACUUGUUAUAGUGAGCAUGAUAUAUUGAGAUGAACCAAACCCACAACGCAACGCAACAAAAAUUUGUAAGUGUCAAAAAUCACGUCCAGAUGAUCUAUCACCUUACGAUUACAUUUCUCCUGUGAAAAAAAGAUGACAACGAAAAAGCUUAGACUUUUCUCUUUGUGCUGGUUGUAGUUCUUGUCUGUUUUACUAUGUCUUUUCGAGUUCGAGAC